GCAAACUCUGCUCUGUCCCUGGGACGGCAAGCAGUGUCACCUCUUCUGGGAAGCCCACCCAUCCCUACAGUGGCUCCACAUCCCACUUAUCUCCGCCUUUCCCAUCCUCCUGAUGCCUUUGGAGGUGUCUGCGUGCAUGGAGCACCCCACCUAGAGAACAUGAACACAACGGAGGUCAAAGGGUAAUGUCCAUGAUGUUUUCCCAACUAUCAAGGCUGCAGGUGGAGCCCAGGUAUCCCUUCACUGGCUGCAGCUCCAGCUCCACCCACUCCCCAGCACAUAAACAUUUCAUUGCUUCGUUGGAUCAUCACAGAGCGUGAAAGGAAGCAAGUGAAGAGGAGCACAUAGAGCUGAAAAGAAACUCAGAGGAGGGAUCCCAGAGGAGAGUGGCCAUGGAGCUGAUCCCAAGCUUUUCCGUGGAAACCUGGGUUCUCCUGGCUACCAGCCUGGUGCUCCUCUAUGUAUAUGGGACUUACUCAUAUGGACUUUUUAAGAAGCUGGGGAUUCCUGGACCAAGACCUGUGCCCUAUUUUGGAAGUACUCUGGACUACCACAAGGGUAUUCAAGAAUUUGACAAUCAGUGUUUUAAAAAGUAUGGGAAAAUGUGGGGGUUUUAUGAAGGUCGACAACCUAUGUUGGCUGUCACAGAUCCAGAUAUAAUCAAAACAGUACUAGUGAAAGAAUGUUACUCUGUCUUCACAAACCGGAGGGUUUUUGGUCCAAUGGGAAUUAUGAAAAAUGCCAUCUCUCUGGCUUGGGAUGAACAAUGGAAGAGAAUACGGACGUUGCUGUCUCCAGCCUUCACCAGCGGAAAGCUCAAGGAGAUGAUAUAUUUUAUGUCUAGAUGUUCCCCCAUCAUUGCCCAGUAUGGAGAUGUGUUGGUGAGGAACCUGAGGAAGGAAGCAGAGAAAGGCAAUCCAGUCAACAUGAAAGACAUGUUUGGAGCCUACAGCAUGGAUGUGAUUACUGGCACAGCAUUUGGAGUGAACAUUGAUUCCCUCAACAACCCACACGAUCCCUUUGUGGAAUAUAGCAAGAACCUCUUAAAAUUUAGACCCUUCGAUCCACUCAUUCUUUCAAUAAUAUUAUUUCCAUUCCUCAACCCAGUUUUUGAAAUAUUAAACAUUACUCUGUUUCCAAAAAGUACUGUGGACUUUUUCACAAAAUCUGUAAAGAAGAUUAAAGAAAGUCGCCUCACAGAUAAACAAACGAAUCGAGUGGAUUUACUUCAGCUAAUGAUUAAUUCUCAGAAUUCCAAAGAAAUUGACACCCAUAAAGCUCUGUCUGACAUAGAACUCGUGGCCCAAAGUAUUAUCUUUAUUUUUGGUGGCUAUGAGACCACUAGCAGUAUUCUUUCCUUCAUUAUAUAUGAAUUGACCACUCACCCUGAUGUCCAGCAGAAACUGCAGGAGGAAAUUGAUGCAACUUUCCCCAAUAAGGCCCCUCCCACCUACGAUGCCCUGGUACAGAUGGAAUAUCUUGACAUGGUGGUGAAUGAAACUCUGAGAAUGUUUCCAAUUGCUGGGAGACUGGAGAGGGUCUGUAAGAAGGAUGUGGAAAUCCAUGGGGUGUCCAUUCCCAAAGGGACAACAGUGCUGGUGCCACUCUUCGUUCUUCACAACAACCCAGAACUCUGGCCAGAGCCUGAGGAGUUCCGUCCCGAAAGGUUCAGUAGGAAGAACAAGGACAGCAUAAAUCCUUACGUCUACCUGCCUUUUGGAACUGGACCCAGAAACUGCAUUGGCAUGAGGUUUGCUUUCAUGAACAUAAAACUCGCUCUCGUCAGAAUGCUUCAGAACUUCUCCUUCAAACCUUGUAAAGAAACACAGAUCCCCCUGAAAUUAUACACUCAAGGACUUACGCAGCCAGAACAACCUGUUAUUCUAAAGGUUGUGCCUAGAGAUGGGACCACAAGUGGAGCCUGACUUUCUCUAAGGAUUUUCACUCUGAUUUUGAAGGAAGCUGCAUCUCACAACACCAGAGACGUGAUCUACUUUGAUAAAACCAAUAAAUGAAGAUGGCCUUCACCUACUGUACUUGAUGCACUGGUGUAUAACCUCUCAGGAUGACCGAGCUGCCCGGAGGCCAGUCCCUGGAAAGUUCUGCGGUGAUGACUGAGCCUCCACUGCCCUCCCAAUUCCAGUUUUAAACUCCAACUCUGCUCUGUGUAUAACAUAGGGGCCAUGAAGCCAGGAAUGCAAGAGUUCCCUACUUUUCCAGACUUUAUAGACUGACUUUGCUGGAUGGAUCUGUCUGCUUGGGGGAGAGUGGGAGACCACCAGGAAUGAGGGUGGAGGAGGAGUCAGGAGAAGGAAAGACUCGGAUCCACAGCACUGGGCCUGGGAGACUACGUGACCUAGGGAGAAGGCAGAUAAGCUGGUCCCAGAGAUAUAUGAUCUCUGGGACACAGGAGGUACCACACAGGCACUGCACUGUGCAACGGGUCCUGGGAACACGUGUGCUGGCACCAGACGCCACAGCGCGGCCCAGGGACAUCACGCAGGGGAAGGUGGCUGCCCCGCUCCCCCGGGAGCCACCAAGACCCCCAGGACGGGUCGUCUGCUGCGGCUGCUUCUCUGCUUCACUGACCCGAGUCGGUGUCCGGGGAGUGAGCGGCUGCUCCCCUGAGCCCGGGCCGCGUGCACCUGUUCUGCUGCAGGGGGCGCUGCACAAGGGGCUUCUGGCUGUGCCCGCUUCCCUGAUGGAAAUGCUGGGGUUCCCCCAGGCAUAGAAGGCCGGGAGGCAGAGCUCUGGCAGAG